UUGCUGAAGUCAAUGUCAAAGAUAAUGUACGCGUUGCGAUGUAAAUAAACAAAUCGGCGUGUACCAAAACAAAACAGUGGUAACUGGUUAUGAUUGAAACGUUAAUGUAAUGGUAGCUUUCAGUUAUGUUCUAGCCGCUGCGUCGAAACAUAAGGCAACAAGAAAAUUCUUGCGUGGUAAAUUUAUCGAUUCAUUGAGAAUUCAUGUCAAAGGUGGCUCUGGUGGUAACGGUCUUCCAAAAUAUGGUGGUGUUGGUGGCAAAGGAGGAGAUGUCUAUGCUGUAGCAAAGGAAGGAAUAACCUUGAAAGAUGUACAGAAAAAGUUCCCAACAAAGCGCAUUUCUGCAGCUUCAGGAGGAAAUAGUCUGCGUACCAGUAUUCUUGGGAAGCCAGGUGAAGAUAAGGUUAUAGAAGUCCCAACUGGUAUUACAGUUAUCGAUGAACACAAAAGAACCCUAGGUCAGUUGGACAAUGAUGGAGAGAAACUCCUCCUUGCAAGAGGCGGUGCCGGUGGUGCCCCACAUUCUCAGUUCCUGGGCAGAAGUGGCCAAGUGCAUUCUGUCACUCUUGAUUUAAAAAUUAUUGCAGAUGUUGGGCUUGUAGGCUUUCCAAACGCAGGGAAAUCUUCCCUCUUGCGAGCCAUUUCUCAAGCGAAGCCAAAAGUGGCCUCUUAUCCCUUCACAACCGUGAGGCCAGAGAUUGGAAUUAUUGAAUAUUCAGAUAUGAGGCAGAUCAGCAUUGCAGACCUACCUGGACUUAUUGAGGGUGCUCAUGUGAAUGUGGGACUGGGCCAUAAGUUUCUUAAGCAUGUGGAACGCACUCGACUCCUAGUACUUGUUGCCGAUGUGCAAGGAUUCCAACUGAGCCCGCAGCACAGGCAUCACACAUGUCUUGAUACUGUAGUGCUUCUUAAUAAGGAGUUGGAGCUCUAUGAUGAUAACUUGCUAGAUAAGCCAGCUAUAUUGCUUAUAAACAAGAUGGAUACAAAAGGUGCUGAAGAAAUGUUUGCAACUAUCAAAGAUAAGCUGCAUCAUUUAUCAGACAUGGAAGAGCUAGAACCAGAUAGUCUCCCAAGAAGGGUGUUGCAGUUUCAUGAUGUGAUUCCCAUUUCUGUACAGUGUGAUGCUCUAAGUGUACAAAAAGUAAAGGAACGAAUUAGGGCUGUACUGGACUUCCAAGCUGAAUUAUUAAAAGAAGACAAUGAAAAUUCUGUUCUUCAGAAUAUUCGAACACAAAACAAGGAAUUUGCAGCAAAGAUGGUGUGAUAACUUGGGAGUUAUUUUCUAAAUGUAUUUACUUUAUCAUUUCUUAUAUGUAGAAAUACAAGAUUGUCUAAAAAGUUAUUUGUAAGAUUUUUUUCUUGUCUCUU